GUGGCCCAUACGUCAGAGCUGCCGCCCUCGCCCCACCAGUGGAACUGACCCGUGGCGCUGCUGCUCCUCGCGUGGCUGAUCGGCCCUCGAGCGCCGCCCCGAUGAGGGCGCACGCGCGCUGUAGAUAGGAUUGUACAGAUAUCACUGCCUUCAAGUAGACGUUAGGGAACAUUCUAGCUGAUUAAGUAGGUUAAGGAGACUGGGGGCGGGGCCGCGCCCGGUCACGCCCCCCCCCCCAUCUAGUGUCGUAAUUAGUGUGGUUUCUAUGUGUGCAAUGGCGACGACGCGACUGUGUGACUUGCAUUUGCUUACCAUUCCACGCGGCUGGCUUGAUUUCGCGCCGCGCCCGCUGUACAAACGGGGGCGCCGCUCCGGAAUCGACUCUUUUCCCUGUAAUUAACUGAUUCGUUCAUUUCCACCGAUCUCAGUCAGCUACCGACAUGUACAUAGUUAAUGUUUGAACGGUUUUACUUUUUAUCAUUGUACGUCUAUGCUAAGAAAAUAAACAGUGCAGAGUA